GGAAAUCAAAGAAACUUCCUGUUGUCUGAUUCCACGCAUCACGCCUUUAACUUGGUCCUGCGUGGACACGCUGAUGACUAAGUAAAGACGUGAUUAGCCCCCCGGCCCUCCAGUGGGAGCGGUACCUCUUCACUUCUCAGCAGCCACGUCGCUCCCAGCCUGGGGAUGCCGGAGGACUGGCGGCAGGACGCAGCCUCGAGGAGCCAGGGCCUCACAGACUCCCUGCAUUCCUGACUUCGCGCCGACACCCACUAGCGGCCCCCCAGGAACCUCUGGGCCUCACGGGAGCCCCGGCAGGCGGCCGCGGGGAGCAGCCCCCGGCAGCGCCUGAGCUCCGCUCUUCAGGCGCGCGUGGGCGCGGGGAGCGGCGCUCGGGGCGCACCCCGGCGCCCUAAGCCUCCCGGGGCUGCGCCGCUGCAGGUGCCGGGAGGGCGGCGGUCUGUUCCCCCGGAGUGGGGCGGGGGAGGGGGGGUCCCUGCGUUCCGGGGAACCUCAUUAGCCCUCCUUCGCGGCCUGGCUCCUCCUCCUCCUCCUCCAGGCGCGGGGCUCGUGCCCGCCACCGGCGCGCACCGCGCCUCCGCCCGCGCCCCCACCCCCAGCUCCUGCCGUCGCUUCCCCCUCCUCCUCUUCCUCCUCCUCCUUCUCCGCCCGUCACCGCCACUACCGACGCCUUCGCCUCCUUCUACUCCUUGCGCCGCGGCCGCCGCUCCUCGCUCCGAGCAGACCAUCGCUGCCCGCUCGCUCGGCCGCAGCAGCCUGCCUCUCUCCGCGUCUGUCUGUCUGUCUGUCUCUUCUCCCUUUCUCCACCUCCAGACCCCCGCCCGCCUCCGCUCCCCGCCUUUCUCUCUCAAGUUUCCUAUCUCCUAAAGAUCAGGGCAAAGAGAGGAAAGCGUCGCAUUCCGCUGGCUGUUUCAGAGCAGCUAUGAAGACGAAAUUGAACAUCUACAACAUGCAGUGGCUGCUGCUUGUUCUCUUGAUAUGGGACCCAACCAGGUUGGUGCUGGCAAACAUCCAAGAAGAUGAAGCUAAAAAUAACAUUACCAUCUUUACAAGAAUUCUAGACAGACUUCUGGAUGGUUAUGAUAAUCGGCUUAGACCAGGACUGGGAGACAGCAUUACUGAAGUCUUCACUAACAUCUACGUGACCAGUUUUGGACCUGUCUCAGAUACAGAUAUGGAAUAUACAAUCGAUGUUUUCUUUCGACAAAAAUGGAAAGAUGAACGUUUGAAAUUUAAAGGUCCUAUGAAUAUCCUUCGACUUAACAAUUUAAUGGCCAGCAAAAUCUGGACUCCAGAUACCUUCUUUCACAAUGGGAAGAAAUCAGUAGCUCAUAAUAUGACAAUGCCAAAUAAGCUGCUUCGAAUCCAGGAUGAUGGAACACUACUGUACACCAUGAGGCUUACAGUUCAAGCUGAAUGUCCAAUGCACUUGGAGGAUUUUCCAAUGGAUGCUCAUUCAUGUCCUCUGAAAUUUGGCAGCUAUGCAUAUACAACCUCAGAGGUCACUUAUAUUUGGACUUACAAUGCAUCUGAUUCAGUACAGGUUGCUCCUGAUGGAUCCAGGUUAAAUCAAUAUGAUCUUCUUGGUCAAUCAAUUGGAAAGGAGACAAUUAAAUCCAGUACAGGUGAAUAUACUGUAAUGACAGCUCAUUUCCACUUGAAAAGAAAAAUUGGGUAUUUUGUGAUUCAGACAUAUCUACCUUGCAUUAUGACUGUCAUUCUCUCGCAAGUAUCAUUUUGGCUCAACAGAGAAUCGGUGCCUGCAAGAACUGUGUUUGGAGUAACCACUGUACUAACAAUGACAACUCUAAGCAUCAGUGCUCGGAAUUCUCUUCCCAAAGUGGCAUAUGCAACUGCCAUGGACUGGUUUAUUGCUGUUUGUUAUGCAUUUGUGUUCUCUGCUCUGAUUGAAUUUGCAACUGUUAAUUACUUCACCAAAAGAGGAUGGGCUUGGGAUGGGAAGAGUGUAGUAAAUGACAAGUCCCCUUCAAUAAAAGCUGAAGUCAUUACAUUAACAUACAACUCAGUGAAAGCAAUUCUUCAAGGAGCUAAACUAAUAUGGUCCAAGUACAUAGCUAUCUCAUGGCCCAGUUUAAUCCAAGGAAAGACUUUAGAGUACUUAGAGAAGUGGAUGGACUGUUUAACCUUCAAACAAUCUUCUAAAAAAGAGAAAGCUUCUGUCAUGAUACAGAACAAUGCGUAUGCCGUGGCUGUUGCCAAUUAUGCCCCGAAUCUUUCAAAAGACCCAGUUCUCUCCACUAUCUCCAAGAGUGCAACCACGCCAGAACCCAACAAGAAGCCGGAAAACAAGCCAGCGGAAGCCAAGAAAACCUUCAACAGUGUUAGCAAAAUUGACAGAAUGUCUAGAAUAGUUUUCCCAGUUUUGUUUGGUACAUUUAAUUUAGUUUAUUGGGCUACAUAUUUAAACAGGGAACCUGUAUUAGGAGUCAGUCCUUGAUUCUGGAUCCAGGUUUUCUUUGGGAUGUAUAGCAACAUUAAAUAUGGUUUGUUUUACUGUAAACAGUCUGACUAAUAACUGCUAAUUUGUGAAGCCAAAAUGUAUAGUAUGUAUAUACUGAUACAGCUUACCAGUAGACCUUUAAUGGAGAUAUGCAUUUGCUAACUCGUGGAACUGUGGGCAGAAAGUACCCCAUGCCAAACGAGCCAUUGCCUUUUUAAAAGAUUUGCCCUAGGAUGAACUGAUUUAUUUCCUACUCUAAUAGUGAUAAAAGUGUAAAUCCUUUAUCAGCCUUUAUGGACCCUUUUGAUUUAGGUCUUAAAUAGACGAACUUUCUUCUGUUACCUAAAUGUGAUGGAAUAUAUAACAUCAUUCAAUGAUGAACUGUUCUAAAUAGCAGAAUCUAUUCACAACAUCAGUUAUAUCCAUGAGUGCUUCAGAUCCCUGCUAGUAAAAUUGGAAGCUUGGCACAUAUAAGAAAAACUAGAGAUUUUAAAUCAGCUUUUAACUGUUCUGUAUAGUGUCUAUAACCAUGUACAUAUUACAGCAUGACUGUACUUAUGUUCAGAGACAAGAUAUUAAUUAUGCCUAUGAUUUAGUGACUUUUGGAAUGUCAUGGUCAUUACAUUUUUAGCUUAAGAAUUUAUUUGAAAGUAUUUAUUUGAAAGUAUUCAUUGAAAUCCUACAAUUUAUUUCAAUCAUUGGAAACAACCUUAAAUUCUAAGAUUUUACUCUCUCCAGGUAUGUGUUGUAUUGAAAUUGAUCAGCUAAAUUUUAUUGGUGCUGGAGACUGGAAAAAGCAUCCAGUUGGUUGCUGUGGAGCAACAUUCAUAAUGGAUCAGAAAAUUGUGCCAAAAACUCCCACUGAUGAGAAUCCAUAGGUGUCCUGGACUCCAGAUGAGCACUUAUCUGAUUCUCCUCUUUCCUGUUUACUGCAAAUUUUGCCUUAAGGCUUCUUUUCAUCAGGACUCAGAAGCCACUAAUUAUAAAGGAAAGGGCAGUUAAUUGGCACAUUUUUCUGUCUGAAAGCAGCUCUUUCAGAUAUGAAUUAAUGUAAAUCUGCUUUUGUAAAUUGCAACUUUAAAUUUCACUGACUCAAAUUUACAACAGCUUUAUAUACCAGAAGUGGUUUUGGUAAGAGUUGAACAUUUUUAAACUGCAACUUUAAAACAUCACUCUCAGAUUGUGGGUUAUUUCACAUGCACAAACAUGAACACAUGCACACAAACAGGUAAAUUAGAAACCACAGUUUUCAAUUUUAUAUUAUUACAAAUGAUUAAUGAAUAAAUUCAUUUUUCUUUGAAUAUUUAAAAAUACUCUUUAUGCCCCUGAUAUGGUAAUAAAAGUUAACAAUUGUAUAUCGUGCUAGAUUCAAAGUUUUUGGCAAACCUAAAAUACUUUUGAUUGACAUGUACAUUAGCAGUUAUUAGUUGACUUUUACUAAUAGAUACACCUUUCUGGUGGUGUUUUGUAGAAACAUAAGUAGUCAAAUAGUGGCAUUUUCUGCAGUUUUGUACAGUAUUAAGUGUAGUGCAUAAAUAGAUAUGUUCAUAAAAUCAAUAAAAGUAUCUUAUGGAAAGUAGCAAAAUCUCAACAAAAAUUGCAAUUCCUUACCUCCUUUUUUUUUAUUCAUUUUAUUUGUUUUAAUGUGAUUCUAUUAUGUGCUUUGCAUGACUGUAUUAUUAUCAAGGUCACAAAUGCAUCUUAUCACCAGAUUUUGUCUUGAAGACAGACUUGACGUUAAACAUUCCCUCAUAAAACAAAAUCCAUUAUCCUUAAUAAAAUAAAAUUAAACUUGUUACAUGAGCCAAUAAAUGUAUUUCUUUAAUUCCCCUCCAUAACACCCUCUUUGUAAUCUCAAUAGUUUUAAAAAGUGCACUUUAUUCAUACACUGAAAUAGAAGAUAUCCUAUUUUCAUAAACAUUAAAUAUAGCACUGCUCUUAGGGAAGUGUGCAAUAGUAUGUGAAAGUAUGCUUGAAGGCAAGCAAUAAAAAUGCUGUCUAUGGUAUGUAUUACUAAACACUUUAAGGAGAUUUUCCUUGUAAGAUUUUCAUUUCCUGCUUAAUGUCUAACAAUGAAUUAUACAAUUAUAAAUAUGUACAUAUGUAAAAAUAGUUGUAAAUAAAAGUUUCUGUAGGAUAACAGAAAAAUUCAUCUAUUCGUUGGGCAGAGGGCUGCGACUGCAUUCAUGGCAUCAGUUUUAUGAUUGUUUAUGGCAGAUUUGCGAGGAAUUUUAUUGUUAUGAUUGUUAUUCUUCAAUUGAAUCAGAGGUUUUAAUUUCAACUGUUAAAGUCUCAUUUGAGCAUUCUGACAGUUCAUAUUUUCCAAUAAUAUAGAUCAGGACUUAUUAUUAUUUCUCUAAAUUCGGUGUAUUUUUUGUGCUCUUCUUAUUCUGCUAAAGGUUAGAUAAAUUAAAAGGAGCUUUUGUCCUUGCUGGAGACAGGAAGGUUGCUCCAUGGCAAAGGAUUCUAAAUUAUAAACCUGAUUCAUUACAGUUAUUUUCCAUUUUAUAAGCCUGAUUAAAAACACAAAAUAAAAAUGGUAUGUGUUUAUCAUAUUACAUCCCAGUUUUCAGGAAGCACUAACAAAAAAUUACACUUAUAAUAUGCAGUUGAACAGUGGCAUAGGAGUUAUGGUCUGUACAAAAUGUAGAUAAUUACACAUGCAUUCAAAGAAGUAUAAGCUCAUUAAUGUAUAGCAAAUACUGUCAUCCAACUAAUAUUUUUUACCUCCUAUUUUGUGUUAUGUCCUGGAGUUGUUGUUAGUAUCAUUCAUCUCACACCUACAGAAUUCAGUCAAAAAUCAAAGUGCAUCUCAUUUCUAUUGAUAAAGACUUAACAUCAGAGACUAAAUGAAAUCUGUAUUUAAAUGUGACUAAAGGAGUUGUUUAAUGAGCUUUGAUACUACUGGUAUGUCAAGAUGGUGGCUGUUUUGCUCUGUACUGCCAUCUAUGUUCGCAUUUGAUUAUAGAAAUGGAACUAAUACAGCCAUUUAAUAUAUUUUUUAAAGUCUUCAGUAAGUUUUAAAUAGCAGUCUAUUGUUCAAAAAUGUUUUCAAGGGUCUCUCUAUUACAAACUUACCUCGGGUUUGGAUACGUGAUUCCCUUGAUCCAUGUUUCUAAUUUUAUAUUUUUGCUAAACUCAUAGUUUAUUUUAAAACAACAUGGGAACUAUUAUUUCACUCUUACUUUUCCUUUGUUAAAUAUAUUUAGUAAGAUAUAGCUCCUUGUAUUCUUUCUCUAUAUUCUUAUAGGUAGACCAAUAUCUCAAAUGCUCUCUAGUGUCACUUUUUGUGUUCCUGGUUGAGGAAACUCAACUAUCCCAUGAUGUUACCAUGGAGCCUAGAAGAGCACCAAAACUCUCUAAAUACUGUAUUGGGGCAUGGCUUGACAUCAUCCCAAUGAGAGAAGAGAGGAGGUUGCUCAAGUCAUCUUUUGCAUUGUCAUGGUUUUUCAGCAUCUAUUAAGGGUUUGUUCCAUUUUCUUCAUACUUAAUAUCUUUAGACAUACUUCUGUGAAACAUAGAAACGUGUAUUACUUAAUUUGAAAUCUGGGUCAUAUUAAUAGGUUUACUAAGCAAGUCAUUCCUGUUAUUAGUCUCUGGCACACCUACAUCCAUUGCAUACUACUAAGACAAUUACCUAUAGUUUUUCAUAUGAAAAAAUUCAAAGUAGUCACCAGCUAGCCCAUUACUGUCCUACAGUGCAAUUUUUUUUAAUCUAAAGUCCCAAGGAACCUUGUGUUUUCCUUUUAUUAAUUUAUAGUAUUUAGGGUUGUAACAUUUAAACUGGGUUGGGUUGCAGUUAUUUUUAAUAUAUGCAUGCUUAGGAAUCACAACACUGUACUAAAAUUAUUUGUAACAGCGUGAACAAGAAAAAUUACAAUAUUUUUAUGUAUUGAGUAAUUAUUGCAUUAAAAUGAAAGUCAUUUAAUAAAAUUAAUUCCAUAAUCUUUUGAUAUCAAAAUUUCUAUUAAAGAUAUUAAUAUUUUUCAUCAAUAUGAAAGAGCUUCUAUUUUCAUUAAAUUCAAAGAGAAAAAUAGGAAAAGAGAUAUCAAGGAUAAGACCCCACAGGGAAAAUAAUGCUGAUGCUAAUUAAACCGAGUGAAGCAUUUUCCCUCUUUAACUCCUAAGAAAGUUGAUAAACUAUAAAUGCAGGUGAAUAUAAAACAUGAUUCGAUUGCAACAGUUAGAUGGGCUAAUAUGUAAUUGGAUCAGAUCCCUGCUGGAAAGAGUAAAAAGUGAGUCCCUUUAGGAUUGUAUAGGAUGUGAGUUUUUCCCUGCAAGCUGUCCUUAGGAAGACAAAAGUACAGAUCCCACCAUUCAGUGUUUCUAGUUUAUCAUGAGAAUAGAAAUAGCCUAUCCAACCCUUCUGAUGCCUUUUUGUUAUAUCCUGAGCAGGCUAGACAGGAUUGGGAUUCCUGCCUUCUGACGGGUUUUGUCUCCACUUUUUGAUUGACUAAUCCCUGAAUUGACUCCACUUCCACCUGUUUCUGGGGUCUUCCUCUCUUGGAGCCCUCUGCUGGCUGCUGCAGCAGGAGGUUUCUGACUUAAAUAAAUCUUGCUUUGGUCACUGUCUUGUGUGUGUGGAAAUUCUUCUGAGACAAGAACCGAGGUUGCCUUUCUUAGCCACUGUAUUAGUUGUUGACUACUACAAUGUUGCAGGAAAACUGGUGCAAUGAGUCCGGGUGUGUGUCCUGUUAUGUAUGGUAAUUUAUGAGACCAGACACAAUGUGAGAGUAGAAGAAGUGAAAUUUUAUGUAAGUAAGAAGAAGAGAGAUUCCUAACAAAAGGAGGGGUUGGUAGAAAGACCAAGCUACUGAGGUCCCACAGCCUAGGAGUGCUUUUAUGUCCUUAACACGUUUUCUCAAGGACCAAAGGUAGUGGUUACAUAGUAGUUACUGUGAAGGCCUGGGUUUUGAUUUUAAGAUUCAUUGUAUUUAUUUGAGAGACAGAAUUACAGGGAGGGAGAGAAAGAGGCAGAGAGAGAGAGAGAGAGAGAGAGAGAGAGAGAGAGAGAGAAG